GGUUGGGGUCCCUGGGGCCCCUGGAGCUCGUGUUCGCGAACGUGCGAUGGUGGAGUGAGCAGCCGGUCCCGGCGAUGCCUAGCCCGUGGCGGAUGCGUGGGCGACGCCACCAGGACGCGCAUCUGCAACAUGCAGCCGUGCCCCGAGCCCGUGGACUUCCGGGCGGCGCAGUGCGCGGCCUUCGACCGGGUCCCGUACCGCGGCCGCCUGUACGAGUGGACGCCCGUGCAGGACCCGAGCGACCCGUGCAGCCUGACUUGCCAGGCGCGCCAGUUCAAGUUCAUGGCCAAGCUGGCGCCCCGGGCGCAGGACGGCACGCGGUGCCGCGACGGAGCGCUCGACAUGUGCGUCCAGGGAAAGUGCCUCCCCGUGGGCUGCGACCUGGAGCUGGGCUCACUGGCCGAGGUCGACGAGUGCGGCAUCUGCGGCGGCAACGGGACGUCCUGCAAGGCGCCCAUCUUCGCUUGGGCCGAGGCGCCGUUCUCGCCUUGCUCGGCAACCUGCGGUGGAGGCUACCAGGAGAGCCACCCAGUGUGCACGUCGUCGGACACGGGCGCCGAAGUGGACGACCGGCUCUGCGACGUGGACUCCCGGCCGGACUCCAGGGUCCGAGCCUGCGGGAGCAACCCUUGCCCGCCAGGGUGGGAAAUGGGCGAGUGGAGCGAGUGCAGCGCCUCUUGCGGCGGAGGCCGGCAGGCGCGCAACGUGUCCUGUGUGCGUCCUUCAGCGAUGCCCGGCGCGGCCACGGCGGCUGUGGCCGAGCACUUCUGCCCCGGACAGAGGCCGGCCGACACGAGGCCCUGCAAUGCGCACCCCUGCUCGCGUUGGACCGAGGGCCAGUGGUCACAGUGCUCGGCCACGUGUGGCGUGGGCACGCAGACACGGGCGGUGGAGUGCCGUGACAUUCGUGGCCGUAAGAGCCACCUGUGCGACCCCAAGAGACGGCCGCGGUCCAAGCAGCAGUGCUCGUCGGGAAGCCCGUGCUUCUUCAAGGGAAAAGAAUACGGUUCUCAAGAGGAUGCUCCUCCUCAAGGCUUCGCACCUUUCAACACACCCUCCAAACCACAGCACCAGUCACCGGAACCAAGCUUCAUCGUCGGGGACUGGGGAUCCUGCAGCGUCACAUGCGGCGAUGGCGUCCAGAAGCGAUCCGUGGAAUGCAAGAUCUUCCUCGAGUUCUCCCGCACGAUGGCCAAGCUGCCCGACAAGGAGUGCACUGGCAUCCGCCCGGCGGAGAUGCAGCGCUGCGCGAUGCGCCCCUGCGCCCUGGACCAGAACCGCGGCGACUCCGAAGAGGAGGACGAGGUCGACGAGGAGGGCGACGGCGCCGAUGGCUUGGGCGCCGAGGACAAACCAGACGCGCCGUACUCGUGGCGCUCGGCGGGAUACACGCCCUGCUCGGCGUCCUGUCUGGGAGGAAUCCGCGAGUCCUUGGUGGAAUGCGUGCGAAACGCGGAUGGCCAGCCGGUGAGCUACAUCUUGUGCGACAUAAAAGACAAACCAGAGACCAUCACGGAGACGUGCAACAACAUGCCGUGCCCUCCGAGGUGGAACGCGUCCGACUUCACGCCGUGCACCAAGCCCUGCGGCGGUGGGUCGCAGUGGCGCAGCGUCCAGUGCGUGCACGAGGUCACCAGAGGCGUGGGCAACACACUCGUCGUCCACGAGAGCCACUGCCCGGAUCCCAGGCCCCAGGAACGACGAAUGUGCAACCUGGUCGACUGCGUGGCUCGGUGGAAACCGGACAAGUGGACCAAGUGCUCCAAAAGUUGUGACGGCGGAGUGAAGACUCGCAAGAUCCGCUGCCAGAGGGAGCUAGCGUACGGCAGUGUGGCCGAACUGCCGCCGUCCAAGUGUGCAUCCAGGCGCAAGCCCCGCGCCGUCAAACCCUGCAACUCCAAGCCCUGCCGAGGAGUAAAGGGUUCCGUGCAGGGAGGACCCGAGAGAAAGGUAUCCCUGACAGCCGAAGGAGCAGCAUCCGUGUACAGGGGAACGACGCUCAAGAUGCGUUGUCCAGGUGUCGUCGUCAAUGCUUCCACCGACGUCAGCCGAGUGAAGUGGCUCAAGGACGGCGCGCCCGUGAAGGCAUCCUCGCGUCGCAUCGCCGUCUCAAGGAAGGGGGCGCUGCGGAUCCGCAAGAUGGACUUCGACGACUCGGGCGUCUACGUCUGCUCGACGGGGACCACCACGGGGCAGCUCAUACUCUCCGUGAAGCCGCUCGCGUCGGAGUCUCCGGCGAAAGGUGUGGACCAAGAGACAUACAGUACAAAAGACCUGCGAGGAAUUGGCGCGAAGCGCCCAAAAGGAGUCGACUUUCCCGCCUUUAUCAAUGGUGUCGAUGACGCCAAGAACAAGAAGGGGCUCAAGGACCGCGACGGUCAGGCGAUCCACGAGAUCAAGGGUACGCUCGAGGACCCGACGGCCCGGUCGGGAGCGGCGAGCUACCACGGAGGCGCCACCAUCCCUAGCAUCCAGACGCUGCUCUCGGACUUCCACAAGAGGCUGGGCGGAGGCAGCAGCCAAGUGAAGCCCGAAACCCUGGCAUCGGAGGACGACGACGACGCCCUUAUGCACAACAGCUACGUCCUCGGUCGGGGAAAUGCGGAUAGCCUGCAGUUCGAGUGGGAGACCACGCCUUGGUCCCUCUGCUCACAAACGUGCGGAGGAGGUGGACUACAGGUACGUGUGGCACAAUGCAUGGUUCGCCUGCACAAUGUAUCGAAGACCGUGGACAACACGCUGUGCGUGGACGCCGGCAUGGAGGCGCCACUGAUAAUCCAGAGCUGCGGUACCGACAGCUGUCCGCGUUGGGUAACGGACCCCUGGACGGAGUGCACGAAGGGCCAUUGCCUGGGCCUCAGCCGCGCAGUCCAAGAGCGUCCGGUGAGCUGUCGACUGGCCAACGACACCAUUGUGGAGGACAAGCACUGCGAUGUUUCCAUUAGGCCUCAGGAUCAGCAGGAGUGCUUCAGCGAACUCUGCAGAGGCGUCUGGAAGGUCGGCGAGUGGUCGGAGUGCACAGCUACAUGCGGAGAGAGUGGCUUCCGCACACGUAUUCUGCGCUGCGUGUGGUACGGCACAGACAGGCCUGCCGGAGACUCGUGUCGGAGUCACGACCGACCCGAAGUGCUCCAAGGAUGCAAGGCUCCACCGUGCGACGCAGCCACAGGGCAAAACUGCGAAGACCACUCACGCAACUGCCAAAUGAUCCGCCAGUUUCGCAUGUGUCACAUGAAGAACUACCACGACCUUUGCUGCGCCACCUGUGAACGCAGCUAGAAGCUUCUUCUACCGGUUCCGCCUUGGGACGGCUGCCGCGCUUCCGAUGCCGGCUCCGCCAGCGCCUUGGCCUUGUCGAAGCAGUUGGCCAAAGCGUCGCCGUCCGACACCGCUUGGUCAACCACCGAGACCGACCGUAGCGGCUCUGUCGCCGUCGUCGUCGUCGUCGUCGCGUUUAUUUUUGUCCCUCCAGCUGCCGCCGACAGAUGAUGAGGCCAGCUGAGAUGUUGCGUGCGUUGGCGAUGUUUCGUGGAAAGCUUCUCCAGUGUGUGGUCCGGGAGAGAAGUUUUAAGACGCGGUGCAACGAGAUAAAGUCGCUGCAGAUUUCAGAACGCGUUCGUUGCAGCGCGCGCUAUAGCGAUGGCUGCGCGAUGUUUGUCUGUCGCGUAGAGAAGUUUUGUUGUGCUUUGGUGACCCGCGCACGGCAGAUGCGGUGGUGACGGGAUGCCCGAAACCGUGUUGACAACUGGGCUGUCAUUCCCGUCUGUGGAACCCUCGCCGUUUCCCUGUGAAUCAGCUGAAGGAGAGAUUCUACGGCGCAGUGUGUCCUCUUACAGCACUGUGCUGUAGACAGUCGCAUCUUUUGCACUGAGUAAGUGUAAUGUUCGCCUCGUAGCAAUGUUUAUAGUCUCAAGCUGAAGAAGAAAAUGCCGCCGAAAACGAGUAACUAAAGCUUUAAGAGUGCUUGUUAGGGCUAAUAAGUUGACAUAUUCAGGAAAACGCCGGGGCGUAGUCGAGUGUGAGAUCCGUCAAACCCUUCGGGGAGAAUUCGGUGCCUAGGCGGACUCGAGUAACCGGAGGUCUUGCAGGCGUUAGCAUUAAACAGCCUUACUUUUUUAUAUAUAUAUCUUUUUGUUGGUGGUUUCGUUCUGGUGGGCCGCCAUUACGGCCGCCCACUUAAAAUGUCGCGCGCAAAUGCUAAGGUCACUAGACCAUCUAGACGUGACUACCUGUUUCUCAGAACAAUGUGAGAAGCACCGAAUCAGCCGAACUCUUCCCGUUUGACUACAGACAUCUGAUGCUCGUUUAUAGGCAACAUGCGCAUGGACUCCUGGCAGAUGAUCGUACGUCGAAAGGAUGGGCGGGGCGAGCAAUCACGACAAGAAACUUGGAGUAUCAUUAGAACGAGGUUUCUCAAAAUGAUACGUAGAAUGACCUUGGCGUUGUUUUAUGGCGCAAGUUACACUUGUCUUACAAAAUUAAUGUGACACCACUGCGAUACAGACACAUUAUUUAGCUGCAUUUUUUUCUUUCUUGUUGUCAUUUAUUAUACUCUUUCCACAAAUAUCAGUUAUCGCAUCUUUGAAAGUUGUCUGACAGCUAGCGAUAGCGGGAUGCCGAAAUGAUGAGCAGCCAGUCCAUUCUGCGGUUAGUUAGGCGUAGUACAUAUAUGUGGCACCCCUGCGAAUAGCGCAUCGUAUAGUCCUCAUCCCGUAAACUUGGAAUCGGGACUCAAUGCCAAGUUAAUUUUUUUAAAUUUCUUCAAUCAUGACAUCCAGUUGGCGUGCAGCCUGCCAGAGAGAGAGAACCAUGUCGCUUUGUGAGCGGUAUACUUCUUCAGAAUGAAACAAAUUUGAAACGUUGCUACUGGUGCUGUACUUCGUAUUAAGUUCGUCCUACUGAAAAGUGUCCGUAUGCCAGCCAAACAUUUCACCUUUUUACGUCUUACUCACUGAUUGUUUAUGGGAUUGACCAAUAUUCCACGCGAAGUUCACACGAUUUCUUAUGAAUGGUGCGAACAACGAUGCGUGGAAUUACACGGCCGCAUGCAAAACGUUUCAGUAAGGCGAUAUGUAUUCUCAACUCUCAGUCGAAGUUGUCAGUGCUGCGUAUGCGUUUGUGCCAUAGGCGAGAUGUAUUGCGUUUUAUGUGCGAAGUCCUGCUGUGUUGAACAACCAAUGUGAAGAGAUAACUACAUUUUGUUUCGCAUAAGUGCACUGCCAUAACAUUCCUUGGAAUAGAAUACACUGAAGUCACUGCAAUCAAGCUAUGUUUGGCAAAGAACGGGAAACAAGCUAACAGUUCUUAUUGCAGGUUAGCGCUUUGUUUUCCAUGUUUAAAGAUGUCUAAUACUGUACUAGUGACGAUUUUUGGUCAAAACAGUAAUGUUGUGUUCAUGAGGCCCGUCUAGCUUAAUAGCGGUAUUAGGGAGGGAACGCUCUCCCAUUUCCUCGCGUCAAUGUUAGAUCGUAAAUGCUUUGUCGGACUUCCAGCACAAGGCUUCGAAAUGCCGUUAUUGCUGAGUGAAUUAUGUUCUAGUUGAUGUUAAUCACUCUCUCGUUCAACUGAACGAGUUUCAAGGUAGGCGCAUGUCAUUGUUUACACCGAGAAGUUACAUCACUGCAAUAAUACAAUGUUUUGUUCUGUAUAAAGUGAUUUUAUGAUGAUUUUAUAUUUUCUCGAAUAUAGCACCUCUAAUGCAUUGUACUAUAGUGUAGCGCAACUGAAGAAUCAUUACCCCUGUUCGGAAAGCUGGUGUUGAAUUUUGCAUACUUGUAUGUUUGUUGAAUGUUACGUCCCCUGUCGGGCGACACUACUCCUCGACAACAAAACGGGUUUAUGUGACACGAAAACAUUUCGAAAUGUUUCGAGCUUUCGUGUCCCCUACGCUGCAUUUGUGUUUAGUCAUGCAUCCUGGUUUUAUCAUUUUUCUGUUCUGUCUUCCGUUUCGAUUCGUCAUUGUUUUUUUCCCUUGUACACACCGAGAAGGCGAUGCUCUCGUCUAAAGGAUUGUCUUUUACUUGAAAUGAAAAAGAAAAGUUUAAAGAGUGUGUCAAAUUACUGCGACUGGCCCUGUAUCACGCGGCAUAAACUACCUGUCCUGUGAAUUAAGCUGUUAAAAUCAAGCUUAAUACUGUCCAAGUUGAUACUUUCCCUUGCACUCGUUGUGUUUUUGACUUGCUGCAAAAUCGGUCACAUGUCGAGCUCCAAGUGGGCAGUAAAUUUUCUCGCUCGAAUGGCACCCACGUUUGUCGCAACACUGUUGGGAACCUAUUUCUUUGGUAGUACAGUUUCAAAUAUUCCGUUGGAAGUCGUUUAAGCCAUUUAGAUGUUUAUUUUAUGAGUGCAAACAAGCGAGCCUCGUCGUACUUGCAGUGAUGAGGUUUCGAGAAUCUAGCCCGACUCGCAGCCGGAAAAUACAAAGCGGAAAUGUGCGCGUUGACCACGAAGGAUCGAUUUGAGGAAAGCGAACUUCUCAGGCUCUCAACUACGGUCAGUGUGAUAUUGAGGAAACAGACAUGAUACUGGCCCUUGGUCACAUGUAUUGUGACUUCAACACAAAUGCUCUGCAUCCUGCUACCGUGUGUUUCUAUAGAAUAAAUAAUUAGGCCUCAAAUGGCUCUACUUUCCCCUCGUGCUUAGCCACAUAGACCUAAAAUGGUCUUAUACACGUGAACGAAAAUAUGAGCCAAUUUUGCGAAAAUACAUCUAUGAUGGCUAGCACUGCAUCAUAAGUUCAUGGAAUUUUCUUACGUUCCGCGCCGCCUUACGUACUUACUCUUCGAACAAAUCUGUGUGGUGCCUACUGUGUAUAGCUGUAUACAGUAGUACAUUCAUAUUGUUACCUGUCUCUGUAGGGCACUCUAGAUCAUUUUAGCUAGCUGUCUCUCAAGGUUGUGUCAAAUGUUUGAGAAUGAAAGCUUCGUGAACAUUAACAGUUGGUUGUCACCUAAAGUAAGUGAAAAUGGCAUACGUUUCCGGAGACACUCAGUCAAAAAAUAUGUUAUUAAAGUGACAUUUGUCCAUAUUUUCGUUCA